AUGGCUGAGGUUGCCGUGUCAACGGUUGUUACGAAAUUGACAGAGCUGCUACUCGAACAUGCUGUUGGGGCGGCAGUUUCACAACUGUCCGGGGUAAGAGACCAACUGUCCGGGGUAAGAGGCCAAGUAGAGCGUUUGAAGAAUGAAUUGGGAUGGAUGCAGAGCUUUCUGAGGGACGCAGAUGCAAAACAAGAAGAGAACGAACGUGUUCGCAUGUGGGUAUCCGAAAUCAGAGACGUGGCUUUCGAAGCAGAGGAGCUCAUAGAAACCUAUGUGUACAGGGCAACAAUGGCAAACAGGUUGGACAAGGUUUUCAGACCAGUACAUAUGUACAAGGUGGGAAGAAGAAUCGACAAGAUCCGGUCUAAAAUCAGGGAUAUAUCCGACAGGCGCGAAACCUACGGUGUUGUCAUGAGUGGCGAUCGAGAAGGCAGCAGUAGCAGUGAAAGGUUGAGGCAAUGGAGACAGCUAUCGCCUUAUUCUGAAGAAGAGUAUGUUAUUGAGCUUGAAGAUGACAUCGGGUUACUCCUUACCCAGCUUAUUGCCAUGGAGCCAAGGCAUCAUGUGGUUUCCAUUGUUGGCAUGGGUGGUUUGGGGAAAACUACUUUGGCCAAGAAGCUUUACAAUCACAGCAAGAUCACCAACCAUUUUGAGUGCAAAGCGUGGGUUUAUGUCUCUAAAGAGUCUACAAGGAGGGACGUUCUGCUAGGGAUUCUCAGAGAUGUGGAUGCUUUUGCCAGAGAUGAAAUGGAUAGAUUGGAGAAAUGGCCGGAGGAAGAGUUGACCAACAAGCUGUACAAUGUGUUGGAUGAGAAAAGGUAUUUAGUGGUGCUUGAUGACAUUUGGGGGAUGGAGGUUUGGGAUGGUUUAAAGUUGGCUUUUCCCAGAAGGAAGAAGAUGGGAAGUAAAAUAAUGCUCACAACCAGGAUUUGGGAAGUUGCUUUACAUGCUGAUGCUGGUAGCAAUCCUCAUCAGUUACGGCCAUUGACAGAAGAUGAGAGUUUCAAAUUGCUAUGUUACAAAGCAUUCCCCGGAGCAAAUGACAUCCCCCCUGAAUUGGAGAAUCUUGCGAAGGAAAUUGUGGUAAAAUGUGGAGGUCUGCCUUUGGCUGUGGUAGUGGUUGGUGGUUUAUUGUCCAGGAAACUUAAGUCAAGCGGGGAAUGGGCACGGGUGCUACAAAAUAUCAGCUGGCACUUGCAAGAGCAAGAUAAGAUAGCAAGAAUUUUGGCCCUAAGCUACAAUGAUUUGUCUCCUCCCUUGAAAUCAUGCUUUCUCUAUUUGGGUCUUUUCCCAGAGGGUGUGAACAUUCAGACAAAAAAAUUGAUCAGACUAUGGGUUGCGGAAGGUUUUUUACCACAAGAAGGUGAAGAAACUGCAGAAGGUGUUGCUCAGAAAUACUUAAAUGAGUUGAUUGGUAGGUGCAUGAUUCAAGUGGGAACGGUAAGCUCAUUAGGCAGGGUAAAAACAAUUCGCAUCCACGAUCUUCUUAGAGAUCUUUCAGUAUCUAAAGGAAAAGAGGAAUAUUUUCUGAAAGUAUUUCUCGGAGACUUGGCAGGCUCAUCAGCAUCCCAGCUAACUAAAUCCCGGCGGCACUCCAUUCAUUCUUGUUAUGACCGGUAUGACUUCUUAAAACACAAUGCCGAUCAUUCACGUUCCCUGCUGUUUUUUAAUAGAGAAUAUAAUGCAGAUAUAGUGAGGAAAAUCUGGCUUCAUAUGAAUUUUCUGCAAGAAAAGAAAUUGAAUUUCAUCUAUACGAAAUUUAAGCUACUCAGGGUAUUAGAAUUAGAUGGUGUUCGGAUGGUUAGCCUGCCAAGCACCAUAGGGGACCUGAUUCAAUUAAGGUAUCUGGGAUUGAGGAAAACUAAUCUAGAAGAAGAACUUCCACCUUCCAUUGGAAACUUGCAAAACCUACAGACACUUGAUUUAAGGUAUUGUUGUUUUCUUAAGAAAAUACCAAAUGUGAUUUGGAAGUUGGUGAAUUUGAGACACCUACUCUUGUAUACUCCAUUUGAUUCUCCAGAUAUUGGACAUCUACGAUUGGAUACAUUAACCAAUCUACAAAGCCUACCAUACAUUGAGGCUGGAAACUGGAUAGUGGAUGGUGGUUUAGCAAAUAUGAGCAAUCUUAGGCAACUGGGGAUAUAUGAAUUAUCAGGACAAAUGGUGAAUUCUGUACUUUCUACUGUACAAGGAUUACGCAACCUUCAUUCACUGUCACUAUCGCUUCAAUCUGAGGAGGAUGAGUUUCCAAUCUUUAUGCAGCUGUCCCAGUGCACUCAUCUUCAGAAGCUCUAUUUAAAUGGGAAGAUCAAGAAGCUACCUGAUCCUCAUGAGUUCCCACCGAACCUUUUAAAACUAACUCUACAUAAUUCCCACCUACAGAAGGAGUCCAUUGCCAAACUGGAGAGGUUGCCAAACCUUAAAAUGCUCAUUUUGGGUAAAGGGGCCUACAAUUGGCCAGAAUUGACCUUCACUGCUGGAGGGUUUUCACAGUUGCAUAUUUUGCGACUUAUUCUUUUGAAAGAAUUGGAAGAGUGGACAGUUGAGGAAAGGGCAAUGCCAAGGAUUGAACACAUGGUUAUUGAUCGCUGUGAGAAGCUGAAAAGGAUUCCAGAAGGACUCAAAGCUGUCACUUCCCUGAAGAAAUUAAAAAUUAUAGGCAUGCCAGUAGAAUUUGAACAUCGACUUCGAACUAAAGAUUUGCUCGAGUUCACAAAUGCUCCAGCAAUUGAAUCGACUACGGACAUUUUGGCAAUUGAUUAACUGCAGGCUCAAUGUUGGUGGAUGACGUGAACUUUCAUCGAAGGAAUGGAAGUAUUUUCAAGUUAUGGCACUCCAUUGUUCAGCUAGCGCUCUUCUGUUUAUUGUUGACAAUGUUCAUACUGCUCUGAUGAAGUGUGUCAAGCACUGAUGAGUCUUUCCACUAUUUUGUGCAUACUGCUAUGCACAAAGGGUCUUUUUCAUCCAUUGGGAAUGACUUCCAAUAACUAGAGCGAC